CCCGCCGUCGCACGCCGGUUAUGAAGGAAGAAUGGAGUUUCCAGACCAUAGCCGCCAGUUGCUGCAGUGUCUGAGUCAGCAGCGUCACCAGGGCUUCCUGUGUGACUGUACUGUUUUAGUUGGAGAAGCUCAAUUCAGAGCUCACAGAGCCGUUCUUGCCUCUUGCAGUAUGUACUUCCAUCUUUUCUACAGGGACCAGUUAGACAAAAGGGAUAUUGUGCAUCUGAACAGUGACAUUGUCACAGCCCCUGCCUUCAGCCUGCUGCUCGAAUUCAUGUACGAGGGAAAGCUGGAAUUCAACAGUCUCCCGGUCGAAGAUGUGCUGGCUGCGGCUAGCUACCUUCACAUGUAUGACAUUGUGAAAGUCUGCAAGGGCAAGUUGAAAGAUAAAGAAUUAUGUUCAGAAGAGAAGAUUAAUGAUGAGGCGGCUAGUUUGGAGAAAGCGGAGCAUUUUCUAGACGCCGGAGUGCCCCUGGUCCACGAGUUUGACCCAGGAAACAAACAAAAAUUCAGCGUUGCAGAAUACGAGAGAGCAGCAGGCAAAGAAAAGGUCAGCAGUCACCCUGCCUGGUCCUCUGAUCAUAUAAGUGUCAGCUCUGUGCCGACAGAGGCAGAACCGUGCACCGCAGCAGCUGGAAAAACAAAGGCUAAUGUCAAUAGUUCCACAGGACCUUUGUCCCAAAGGUCUGUUAACCAUCCCCUGGCUUCGAGUGAUGUGGACUGCGCGCUGGAUUUGUCUUUCAAGCCCAUGCCGGGGAGAGAUUCCUUACACCCCUCCUAUGUCUUUGGACAGCUGGCUUCCGACAGCCAGCAGCAGGGUACCGAGCCACUUGUUAAAGAUGAACAAGACUUGCUGUCAGAUCAGGAGGACGGCGAAGCCAGGAGUCCGGAGAGUCAGCAUUUUGGGAAUUCAGCCAAAAGCCUAGUGACAGGGUUAGGACACAUGUUCGCGGGGAAUGGCAGCUCUCAUGCCCGAGAGGAGGACAUAGAUCAAGAGCGAGACGAGAGCGAGGAUGAUAUGGAUGCGUCGGACAUCUCCUCCUCGGGCGUCCUCGUGCCUCCGGGGCAUAUCUGCAUUUGCCCCCUCUGUAGCAAGGUGUUCCCGAGCCCGCACAUCCUUCAGCUGCACCUGAGCUCUCACUUCCGUGACAAGGAUGGCUCCCGGACCCGCCUGUCCCCCGACGGGUCCGUCCCCACUUGUACCCUCUGCGGAAAGACUUUUUCUUGCAUGUACACGUUAAAGAGGCACGAGAGGACUCACUCGGGGGAGAAGCCCUACACCUGCGGCCAGUGCGGAAAGAGCUUCCAGUAUUCCCACAACCUCAGCCGCCACGCGGUGGUGCACACCCGGGAGAAACCCCACGGGUGCAAGUGGUGCGAGAGACGGUUCACGCAGUCUGGGGAUUUGUACAGACAUAUCCGCAAAUUUCAUUGUGGCCUUGUAAAGUCCUUGGUUGUUUGAGAUGCGUGAUUUUUAUUUUUUUAAAUUUUUUUUCCCCCUGCCC